AUGGCGCAAGAAAAGCACGAGCGCUGGGGCAGCCAGCUGGAAUACUUAUUGUCAUGUCUUGGAUAUGCAGUUGGUAUAGGAAAUAUAUGGAGAUUUCCUUAUUUAUGCUAUAGAAAUGGAGGUGGUGCGUUUCUUAUCCCGUAUUUGCUAACGCUUGUAACGUGUGGGAUACCUCUAGUUUAUUUGGAAUCGCUGCUGGGACAAUUUGCAAGUGCAGGAUGCAUUUCGAUAUUUAACAUAAAUCCUCUGCUGAAAGGUGCAGGCUACGCUGUAAUAGUUUUAAAUGUAAUAGCAAUAUUGUACUUCGCUACUAUAAUGUCAUAUCCAAUAUUGUACAUAUAUCAUUCCUUUAGCUCACCGCUACCUUGGCAGAGUUGUGGCAACGCAUGGAAUACUGAGAAAUGUGUCGAGAUCACUGGAAAUUAUAGCUUUGUAGCUAACAGAUCUAUUACUACGCCAGAAGAUGAGUUUUUUCACAUCCGACUGUUGCGCAUGUCUUCUGGCUUAAACCAUAUCGGCAGCAUAGUAUGGCCAGUAUUUUGGUGUAACACAAUCUGCUGGGUUAUCAUAUAUUUUUGCAUCUGUAAUGGAGUCAAAAGCGUUGGAAAAAUCGUGUACUUCACAGUUUUGUUUCCGUAUGUGGUACUUUGUGCCUUAUUUGUACGUGGUAUAACGUUGCCAGGAGCUUGGCAGGGUAUUCUUUACUUUAUACUUCCGGAUUGGAAUCAGUUAACAAAACCAAAAGUUUGGGCUGAUGCAGCCACACAAAUAUUCUAUUCCUUAGGCCCUGGAUGGGGCGGGCUUGUCAGUAUGGCAAGUUUUAAUAAAUUUCAUUACGAUAAUUUACGACCGUCAAUAAUAAUUCCUCUUGUAAACAGCGGUACAAGUAUCUGGGCUGGAUUUGUGGUGUUCUCCGUUUUAGGCUUUGCGGCGGAACAAGCGGGAGUACCUGUAGGGCAGGUGGCGACGGCAGGGCCGGGGCUAGCCUUCGUUACCUACCCCACUGCUGUGACUAUGAUGCCCGCUCCUAAUUUUUGGGCCAUCACGUUCUUUGUAAUGUUAUUCUUUCUUGGUAUUGAUACAAUGUUCGUUACAAUUGAAUCGAUUAUAGCUGGGGUUUUGGACGAAUACUCUUACCUGCGUUCUAGAAAGAAGCUAAUAACGUUACUGACUUGUUUGAUUCUCUUUAGUCUAUCAAUUAUAUGUAAUACUGAGGGAGGUCUUCACGUGAUUGGUCUUUUGGAUGCCCAUGUAGCAAUUGCUUGUGUACCUAUAGUUUGUGGCCUAGAACUAUUUGCAGCAGUGUACACGUAUGGACCUAAAAAGUUGAACUUAGAUGUGCAAUUUAUGACAGGAAAACCAUUAAGAUCUUUUUGGCUAGUCCUCUGGAGGUACAUAGUUCCGACUUUACUUUUGAUAAUAACUAUAUACUCAUUACGAGAGGUCUCUAGUAUAGCGGGAUGGUGCGUCGCCCUUGCCUCAGUUAUUUGCAUCCCAAUAUACGCCAUUAAAGCUAUUUACGAAGCAAAAGGAUCACUAAAAGAGAGAAUACAAGAGACUUGCAAACCAAAUUCGUAUUGGGGGCCAUUCGAAUCCGAUACAAGAAAAAGGUGGAAAUCCUUUCAGAACCAAAAUAUCGCAGUACCUAUGAAUGACAUCAAUAACACU